AUGUACAGGACCCCGGGUCUGCAGGGUUCAGAUGGAGGCACAGGGAAGCCGGGGCCCAGGGGAAGCAGAGGGCCUCCGGGGACACAAGGUCCUGACGGACCAGCAGGAACCCCAGGAAUUUCAGGUGCUGGUGGACUCAUAGGACCAGCAGGGGAAAGAGGAGAAAUGGGUAUGCUGGGACCUCCUGGUGAUCUUGUUCCUUCGGGACUGGAUGGGGAACAGGGUACUCCUGGCCAAUCAGGGUUAGAGGGGCCACCAGGAACGAAAGGGGAACAGGGGGACCUAGGGCCUUGUGGGAAGUUUGGUCCUCCAGGGCAGCCUGGAGAUCGAGGUCUACAGGGGCUCAAAGGGUUGCAAGGCUCUCAUGGACAAAUGGGAAAAGAGGGUGAUGUCGGACCUACUGGCGAUGCUGGUGGUCCAGGUUUCAAAGGGGAGAAGGGUGAUGUGGGACCUCUGGGGCCAACAGGGUGGAAUGGUCCAUGGGGGGCGCUGGGGGAGAAUGGGGAGAAGGGACCAAAGGGAGAAAAGGCCCACAUCGGACUUAUGGGUCAGCCAGGAUUUAUGGGAGAAAUGGGACCUGCAGGCUUGUCAGGGCUACAGGGUAUCAUGGGCCCCAGGGGGCCUCCAGGGCCAGAUGGACCUGAAGGAGAGAAGGGCCAGUCUGGGUCUGGCGGAACCAUCGGACAACCUGGCAGAACAGGGCCUCCGGGGGUGGCUGGAGUCUCAGGGGUCAGAGGUGACCCAGGGAAGCCAGGAGCACAGGGUCCAGUUGGGAAGGUUGGGCCUGAGGGAGACUUGGGCCAUAAAGGUGAGCCAGGGCCAGACGGAGAAAAAGGGGAGCCAGGGGGAUCAAGCGAGCCAGGAGAACAGGGGCUCGACGGUCUGCCGGGCAUCAGAGGGCCACCAGCACUUCCUGGUUUAGAGGGGCCACAGGGUGAGGUGGGAGCCCAGGGGCCAGAAGGUCCCCUUGGGGUGCUGGGUGUCAGGGGAAGCCAAGGACCAGAGGGACAACAGGGACUGAAAGGAGAGAAGGGAGAUGACGGCAGAGAUGGAUCACCUGGAAAGACAGGUCACAUCGGAAGGAGGGGCAAAAGAGGCAAGGCUGGAAUCAGGGGCACAAGAGGAGAGAGAGGACCAAAGGGGAAAGGGGGAAAUGUGGGAUUGAUUGGUCCUCCAGGAUGGGCAGGGUCUAUAGGAAUCCCAGGCUCGCGAGGAGACGGAGGGCAUCAGGGUGACAAAGGGAGCAAGGGAGAGAAAGGGGGCAUAGGGCCGCUCGGUCCACCAGGGGGUGAUGGCCUAAAGGGUAGUCAGGGUCCUGUUGGGGUGCCAGGACAGACAGGCCCAAAGGGAGAUCAGGGAAAUAUCGGACCUUCUGGGCCAAGAGGAACACCUGGGAUGCCAGGACUACCUGGUUUGUUUGGAGAAAAGGGUUUGAAAGGAUUUGAGGGAUAUCCUGGGCAACCUGGUAGGAGGGGCCUGCCGGGGGCACCUGGACUCCCAGGACUUCCAGGUCCUUCAUCGAAUCUGACCCUCACUCAACUCAAGGACUUGAUGUAUCUGUCAGAUAAGCCCAACUACCCCCUGCUCCAAACCCUGCUGGACUCUCUACACCAGGACCUGAGGCUGCUGAUGGACCCCCCUGACGGCAGCAAGGAGCACCCUGCCACCACCUGCCUGGAGCUGCGGCUCUGCCACCCCGAUUACACCAGUGGGAUGUAUUACAUUGAUCCUAAUCAGGGCAGCCCUGCUGAUGCUCUCCUGGCCGACUGCAACUUCUCUGGUACAGCCGCACACACCUGCCUUCACCCCAGAGACGCCCAGAUGCCCACGAAGGCCUGGCUUAUGGGUUCAGAGGCAGACAGCUCGUUCCAAUGGCUCAGCAGACAGGAACAAGGAUUUCAGUUCUAUUAUCCAGGGGCCAAUGUGGUGCAGAUGCGUUUCCUGAGGUUGCAGAGUUGGAGAGCCUUGCAGAAGAUCACCUACACCUGCCACCCGGGACACAGACUGGGCCACACAGACAGAGAGGUCAAGUUCCUGACAGACACAAGGAGACAGAGUUACUUCGGAGCUCUUAACGACUGCAUUCCGGGAGAUGAGGUGGACUCGUUGGAGCCGCGGGAGUUUGUGUUUGAAUUUGAGGACCUCAACCUGCUUCCUGUGAGAGAUGUGGCUGUGUUCGGGGGUGGAAAUGUCACGCGCGAGUUUGGCUUCACCAUCGGGCCCGUGUGUUUCAGCUAGAGAGGGAGACAUGGGGCCCAUAGGCUCAUUUCCCACCCCCUUGGACUCACCGAGGGAGGAUAAGAGACUGUGUUCAGGACCCCAAGACAGCUGGAGAACAAGAAGAUAAAAGGGAUUCAAUCGCUCUGGCAUUUUGUGAGGGCAUCACUCCUCUUUCCAUUUGAUAUUUUUGGUGGAGAUCAAUCAAUUCUCUAAUUGACUGGCUCCACAUAAAUUACUCUUUGAGCGUGCAUCAAUUUCCAAAGUUCUUUUCGGACAAUUGUGUUUUCGUUUACAGAGACGUUUAUCAUGUAAUGAAUAAUUUAUAUAAUGUUGUUUUGAUUUCUAUAUAAAAUGUUUAUUUUUUGUAUCUUUUUCCAUUUGUUUUCACAGCAACAGUUUAUUAUGCUGUAAAGCUUUCCAUAAUAGCCAACAACCUAUUUUGUAUAUGAACAGUCCUAUGCCCUAAUGGUCUGUUUUGUGUCCGAUGCAGUGGAUUCAACCUCUCACCAAUGUGUUCCAUUUGGACACAGCUAACGUUGUCCCAUAGAUCAUCACUGACCUUCCCAAAGGUGCUCAUUGACAAACCACUGCUUGUACUUCAAGGCGCCAAGGAACUCGCUUUUGCGUUGUUUAACUUGUUUCUUUAGAUUAGAUAAUGACCAACCUGUUCUAAAACCCUGAUCUCUUGCAAUUAACUGAUUCCCUCCCUGUUUGCAGUGACGGAGGCACCAAAAAAACUAUUUCAGCCAUCCUAGACAUUUGUACAGUUACUGGCCUAUUUUUUAUUUGUAAAAUACCAUGCACCGCAUAUUAUCAGUGCUCGAUUCAGCACAUUCUUGUGGUACAGUCUCAAGUGCAGUCUUGAUAUUCAACAUGGCACUGAAGCUGCUGUGCACACUACGUGAUAUAUACUACGUGCAUUCAAAACAUAACUCAAUUGAAGGGCUAUAGAUCUAUUUCAGGUGUUCUAAUAAAGAGGCAUUAUGUUGGACUGCUGGCUCUCCCGGCGAAGCACUUUAGCACCGGGCAAUUGCUUUCCAAGUCCUCAUUUCAUUUAAUCAAUUAGUCUAAGUGAAGAAGCAGCAUACCCUGUCCCUGCAGCUGCUCAGCAAUGCCAGGAUUGCUCAAGAGGUGGGUGUUCAUUAUUGGCCUGUGUUCACAAAGUGUUUCAGAGUAGGAGUGCUGAUCUCAGAUCAGUUUAGCCUUUUAAUCAUAAUUAUAUGGACCGGGGGACCUGAUCCUGGAUCAGCACUCCUACUCUGAGACUCUUUGUGAAUAUGGGCCAUUGAGAGCAGUGCAUUUAAUUUCUUUCCAUCAUAUUUUUGAUCAUAAAGUUGUCAUAGUUGUCUGUCUCUACAUAUGUAGGAUCUUCAUUUGAACACCCUUUGGUCCUGAGAAUUUGCAAACCUAUAGUCUACUAAUGUCCAUUAAUUAUAAUCCACAUAACAAUUCACAUUUCAUGUUGCUGCAGGAUUAUUUUCCUCCUGUAGCGAACUGGUUCAAAUUAAGAUCCUACAUAUGUACACUAUAUAUACAAAGUAUGUGGACACCCCUUCAAAUGAGUGGAUUUGGCUAUUUUAACCACACCUGUUGCUGACAGGUGUAUAAAAUUGAGCACACCGACAUGCAAUCUCCAUAGACAAACAUUGGCAGUAGAAUGGCCUUACUGGAGAGCUCAGGGACUUUCAACAUGGCACUGUCAUAGGAUGCCACCUUUCCAACAAGUCAGUUUGUCAAAUGUCUGCCCUGCUAGAGCUGCCCCAGUCAACUGUAAAUGCUGUUAUUGUGAAGUUGAAACGGCUCAGCCGCAAAGUGGUAGGCCAGUGUGUAAAAAUUGUCUGUCAUCAGUUUCAACACUCACUACCAAGUUCCAAACUGCCUUUGGAAGCAACAAGCACAAUAACUGUUUGUUGGGAGUUUCAUGAAUUGGGUUUCCAUGGCCAAACUGCCUCACACAAGCCUAAGAUCACUGUGCGCAAUGCCAAGCAUCGGCUGGAGUGGUGUAAAGCUCGCCGCCAUUGGACUCUUGAGCAGUGGAAACACGUUCUCUGGAGUGAUGAAUGAAGCAUAUUGCCAACUGUAAAGUUUGGUGGAUGAGAAAUAAUGGCCUGGGGCUGAUUUUCAUGGUUUGGGCCAUGCCCCUUAGUUCCAGUGCAAGGGAAAGCUUAACGCAACAACAUACGAUGACAUUCUAGACGAUUAAACUUUGUGGCAACAGUUUUGGGGAGGCACUUUUCUGUUUCAGCAUGACAAUGCCCCCGUGCGCAAUGCGAGGUCCAUACAGAAAUGGUUUGUCGAGAUUGGUGUAGAAAAACUUGACGGCCCUGCACAGAGCCCUGACCUCAACCCCAUCGAACAUAUUUGGGAUGAAUUAGAACGCCAACUGUGAGCCAGACCUAAUCGCUCACAUCAGUACCCAACCUCACUAAUGUUCUUGUGGCUGAAUGGAAGCAAGUCCCCACAGCAAUGUUCCACGAUCUAGUGUAAAGGCUGUUUUAGCAGCAAUGGGGGGACUUACACCAGAUUAAUGCCCAUGAUUUUGGAAUGAGAUGUUCGACGAGCAGGUGUCCAUACACUUUUGGUCAUGUAGUGUAUGUGUAAUGGCCAACCAACGAACUUGGAAUUCAGGAAGGUCUCAGGGAAUAUAGUAUCUUUGCAUGCAGUAGCUUGCAUUUAGGAAUAUGUAUAAUGUUCUGUCUUAUAAGUACUCAACUUCCAAUCAGUAGCCACCUCCCAUACCAAACUCCAGGAAGAACAUUCCAAGCAUUGCAGAUAGAAAUGUUUCAUAGAAGGGUGGACAUCACUAUGUGGAGUACAAGAACAGUGUCCUUUCUAGUAUACAGUAGGGCUCAUUUUUAUCAGCAAAAUACUGUAUUUUUCACUGUACACACUUGGAUCACUGAUAGGUAAUGACAUUACUUAGGCUCCUACGGCUGUUGGUGUUUUUGUAAACAGUGUAUAGGGGUUCAUCCAACCCUAAACACAUGCAAUUACUAGCCUAACAUCAACUUUGAACAUGAUUGCCUUAGCUGGCUGAGACUGAUCAUUGGUGCUUUUUAGUUAUUGUUUUGUACAAAUCCUCAUAAUUUGAGAUUUUGUUAUUACUGUCUUGAAAUGAUAUGCUGGACAUUUUUAUACCUGUGUAUAAUGCAGCAGCUCAUUCAAAGAAAUGUAUCAGCUGAAUAAAAGAUAAUCACAUAUCAGUA